GGCCAUUGUCUUGUCUCCCAUUCCGGACACAAUAGCCCACAAACAACGCUGUCCAAAUACGGCACCGCUGACAGCCGCGGAGUUUGAAUGGUCCACGCGUUCGUUCCGUUCAUUGUCCUCCGCGUCCUCGAGGUCCUUCUAACCGCCGCACACUCCCGCACAACGUCAAGUUCUGCGCAGACGUAGACAAGCAAUCCAGCGCACGCAAAUUCAUCUAAGUCAACGUCCACGUCAAGAGCGACGCGUCUAGUUGUCAUUGCUCGGCGCAGCUGACGAACAAUAUUGCCCAGGGGCCUCUCCACGUCGUCUCGCGAGCUCGGCUUUGUCGCGGACACGAGGCUUCGUGCUCAACCACGAGGCACGUUCGUCGGACCAUAUCGGACCGCGCCUGACUCAAGACGCGCUCCAGUCGCGUCAGACGCGUUUGGGCACUGGCGCGAACCACCAAUCUCAGCUCUGAACAAUUGCUAAGUCCCCUAUCCUGUCAAAUUCUUUCGUACAACAAUGUACAAGUACUGGGGCCAUGUCGUCACCGAAGACCAGCUCAAUAACGUCCUGGUUGCCGAAGGCGAGGCAGUCACGACCCAGAGAGAAACUCAAUCCCUGCUUCACAUUGACAUCAUGUACCACGCCAUGAUCAUCGCCAAAGUCCCCCACUGUACUCCUAGGCGAAUCGUGUUCGACGACGGCAGGCGAGGCUGGAUCUUUGCGUUCAAGGUCAGCAACGCGCUGUACGACGACAAGCUCCCAGAACGCGUUCCGCGGCAGUGGAUGGAGCAGGUGGAACAGUUGCGAAUCGCCCUUGGAAAGACGAAGAAGCCAGCGUGGUAUAGAGCCUUUGAGUUUGACCCAAAUCUCGAUAUGAAUCCGUGGCUCCCGUUCCGAGGGAAAAGUACGCGUCGGUCUCGCAAACAGCGCGAUGUUACUGCCGUACUAGAAGAAGCCACUGCCGUACCAGGAGAGCCCUCUGCGAGCAGUGCACCGGAAAGAUCGAGGCGUGUUAGGUUCGAUGACGAGUCCUGAUUGCCUUCGGGGUCGCCUUGCUUGGCUUGAUUGUACGACCUGCGUCGCGCCUCAGAGUUGCGCAGUGCCAUGCUCCGUAAGGUUGCGUUCAUAUAGGCCUAGCACCAGACUCGUUUUGUACUCACACUACAUGCGAAACCCUUCAAUGGGCCAUUCAUACUCCUUCGUUGCACUUCUUUCUUCAUCACUUGCGCUCCAGCAAUGAUUCUAUAGUCUCGGACACAGGUGUUUUAACAGUCCAGUCCAUCUUAGCAUUAAUACAGUUCAA